ACUGUCCAGGUGCAGGGAUCACAGAGAGGGGUGGGGGAGGCAAAGGGGAGGAAGGAGGAGGGUCAUUAUCCCCUUUGAGGGUGGAGCAAAAGGGGAGGCGAAGAAAGCGGAUGAAGCAUUUGAAGCUCAUAUUGACAUGUGGCUCUGUAGGCUCCUGUGUGCACAGCCAUGGAUGGUGUGUUGGAAGGCGCGGCUGUGUUGUGUGCAUGUAAACUGGCCUGCAGUCUACUCUUCCUGCCCUCAUUGGCCGACUCCUACAGUGCUGUCAGUUUCUGCUGCUGCUGCCUCCUCGUCUUCACAGACUUCCUGGUCACAGCUUUUCUGAGUUGCCUUUGCAUCUUUGACUCUUGGCUGACUGACUUGACUCCAUCAGGGGAUUUUAUUGCCCUGCGCUUCCUGCUCUUUCUCAGCCAAACCUAUGGAGCGGUGCUGCUGCUGACCGCACCUCUGAUCGCUGUGGAGACUGUGAUCAGACUCCUCUGGCCUUGUGUUGUCGUCCCUCUCAGGACAGCAAGGCGGACAGCAGGCUCUGAUGGACAGUGUUGUGAUGGGAAAGAGGAGGAAGAGGAAGACAGCAGCGGCUCAGAUGAAGACAUACGGUCUCAUGUUGUCGGCUACCUCUGCUGCCUGUCAGUGUGGGUCAUUGUCGCCCUCAAUGUCAGGGGGCAAUGGAAGCUGGAGGAAGUGUGGGCUGCUGCCUGUCUCCACACAAAUAGCUCCCUUGUCAGAUGUCUGCCCAGCCUCUUCAGCCCCAUUCCUAGCGGCAUAAAUCUCUGCUGGUCCAUGGGCUUCUUCCUCCUUCUGCUCCUGCUGACCACGAGCAGCACAGGCCUUCAAAGGAGACGCCAAGGCCAUUCGCUGAUGUUCAGAGUCUUCAAUAAAGGCGACUGUCACUGCCAAGAACUCAUUCCAGAGUCGUCCGCACCCCUCAAGCCUGUAAAACCAGGGAUGUUGGUGUCUGAGCCAGCACAGCAUGUUGACCCAGAGAAAACAGAGAGCAGCUGUACUGUUCAUACAGCCUGGAACAGCUGGCAGAUGUUGACAUGCAACCAUGGAGACUUUGUCCUUAUUUCCCCAAUGUGUUUGUCUGGAAAGAAGGGAAGUCAGGAGCAAGAAAUGGCAAGGAGAGAUGUAUCUGUGGCAUUUAUCACAGAGGAAAACGUGGACUCACAGUGCAGGAGCUGGUGUGGGUGGCGACAGUGGGGUUUUCCCAGCCUCGGGGUGAAUGUAAUGAUAGGGUUGGUAUGUGUGCUCUCCAUAUUUGCGCUGCCUCUCAACCUAAGCGUGAACGUUGUUCUCGUCAGGACUAUUGAGACUCUGCUGGAGCUGUGUAUCAAAUCUGUACUUUCAUCAAACAUAGCGGCAAACACAAGAGACACGUCUACCUCUGGUGAUGAAACACUCAUUUAACGCCAAACAAAUGGGGAGAGAAAGUGGAACCUGAUU